AUGGUCAGCUGGUUCUCUCGCUCGUCGGCACCGACUCAGUCCCGCAUCUCGGUCCAGCAACUCUGGGUGUACCCGAUCAAGAGCUGUCGCGGGACCCGGGUCGACGAGAGCGAGUACACCGAGGAAGGGCUCGAGUACGACCGGCAAUGGAUGAUCGUCGAGGCAGGGUCGCACAAGUUCCUCACCGCGCGGACCAUCCCCAAGAUGGUCCUCAUCAACCCCAAGAUCAACCGCGACAAGGGCACGCUCGACAUCGAGGUCCCGUCCGUCGACUCGGCCGACGCUCCUCCCCGAUCCUUCUCCGUCCCCCUCGCGCACCCGACGACCUACCUCGACAACCCAGCAGACGACCCGUCCCUCGACCACGACUUUGUCGUGUGGGCGAGCGACCCGCAGGACGGCUUCAGCGUCGGGUCCGACGACCUGCGCGCCGCCCUGAGCGCCUUCAUGGGCCGCGACGUCCUCCUCAUCCGCAAGGGCACGACGCGCAGGUCCGUCGCAGACGUGCCUGGCGUCGUCCACAGCGAGGACCUCGACCCGGUGCUCGGGUUCGCCGACUUCUACCCCUUUCUCAUCGGCGCAGCGAGGAGCCUCGAAGAGCUCACCUCGCGCAUCCCGACGCUCGCCUCGGACCCGCAAUUCGACGCCUCUCGGUGGUCGCCCUCGGCAAUCGCCUCGCGAGGCGGUCUCGAGAUCAGCCGGUUCCGGGCCAACAUCGUCGUCGAGGGCACGAGCGAGCCGUGGGAGGAGGACGGGUGGAAGCAGCUCGUCAUUGGCGACGAGCCGGUCGAGGUGGGCUUUCGGUGCGCAAGGUGCAUGCUACCGUCGGUCGACCCCAACACGGCCAAGCGCGACAAGCUCCUCCCGGACGGCGUCAUGAAGGACCGCGUCGUGCAGCCUCUCUCGGCGCCCAAGGUGUGCUUCGGCGUCUUGUGCGCGCCGAAGAAGAAGAGCGGCGGCACCCUGAGAGUCGGCGACACGGUCACGGUCCUCGAGGCGUAUCCAAAGCCCGACAGUGGGCCGUACGUCCGUGACGAGGACCGGACGAAUUGAGCGAGGUGCUCUCGAGGACGGCUUCUUCUUCAUUUGAGCAGCUGCAACAACGAGUCUCUGUCCGCUUUC